GAUAAGAGAAUGAGAAUAUGAUUGGAGAUGGUUUUAGAGGGCGAGUCAGAGAGCGCCCAUCGCUUCUUUCUUCGUUUCUCCUCCUCGCUAAAUCGAGGGUUAAAUCGCUGCAGCCUGCAGGGAAAAGCGAGCAAGUGAAGGCCACAAGAAGCAGCACAGCUGAGAGAGACGGAGUCAGAUCGUACCUCUCUGUUUCUGUGUGCUUGUGUGAGAGAGAGGGUGGAGAUGACGGGGAGGCGGCGGCUUCUGCUUGCUCUCUUGGGACUCUUGCAGCUCUUUCGUCUUCCUCCCGCAGCGCCGCAGUCCUUCGUCGGCAUCAACUACGGCAACGUGGCCGACAACCUCCCGCCGCCGUCGGCCACCGCGCGCCUCCUGCAGUCCACGACCAUCUCCAAGGUGCGCCUCUACGGGACCGACCCGACCAUCGUCUCCGCUUUAGCCGGCACGGGCAUCUCCCUCCUCCUCGGCGCCGCCAACGGCGACAUCGCCAACCUCGCGUCCUCGCCCGCCGCGGCCGCCGCCUGGGUCGCCGCGCACCUCCCGGCUUCCGCCUCGGGGCCGUCCAUCACCGCCGUCUCCGUCGGCAACGAGGUCCUCUUUGGCGAUGCCACGCUCGGCUCGCAGCUCGUCCCGGCCAUGCAGAACCUGUACGACGCGAUGCCGCCCAACUCCAGCAUCAAGGUCUCCACCGUGAACGCCAUGGACGUGCUCGCGCAAUCUGAUCCUCCGUCCUCCGGCGCGUUCAAGCCGGAGCUCGCCUCGGCGCUCGACCCGCUUCUGGCCUUCCUGAGCAAGACCGGCUCGCCGUUCCUGAUCAACCCCUACCCGUACUUCGCGUACGUCAGCGACCCGCGCCCGGAGACGCUGGCCUUCUGCCUGUUCCAGCCCAACGCCGGGCGGCCGGACGCCGGGUCCGGGCUCACGUACACCAACAUGUUCGACGCGCAGCUGGACGCCGUGCGCGCGGCGCUGGACGCCAAGGGGUACAAGGACGUGGAGAUCGUCGUGGCCGAGACUGGGUGGCCGCACAAGGGCGACCCCGACGAGUCCGGCGCCACGGUGGAGAACGCGCGCGCGUUCGUGUCCGGCCUCGUGUCCCACCUCCGGUCCUUGGCCGGCACGCCGCGCGUGCCCGGCAAGUCCGUGGACACGUACAUAUUCGCCAUGUACGACGAGGACCUCAAGCCCGGCAAGGCGUCGGAGCGGUACUUCGGGCUGUUCCAGACCAACCUCACCGAGACGUACCCGACGGGGCUGCUCAGGAACGGCACGGCUGGGUUGGGGCCGGCCAUGGCGCCGGCUCCAUCGCCGACGCCAGCGCAAAUGCCAACGCCAGGGCAGCAGCCACAGGUGACUCCGGCGCAGCCAGGCUCGACGGCAGCGGCAGGGCCUUCCGGUCUGUGCACGCCGGGGACGGCGAGGGGGACCGCCGCCGGCUGCUCUCUUCCUAGUGCCGCUGAAUCGUCUCGCCCUUUGGCAGUGCUCCCUAUGAUUCCUGGUUUCUGGUUCAUAGCUUUGCAGAUUUUAACAUGGCCUUUUUCUUUAUACUUUUUCUAGCCAAUUCAUUGUGGCGCCUUUUAUUUUUUAUUAUUUUUGCGUGGCGCAAUUUGUAUUCCUGGUGGCUGGUGCGUCGUACUCCCGUCUUGUAUCUCGUCAAGAAAUGAGCAUAAUUCCCAUGGUUUCAUGGCUGGAAAUUUGAUCA